CGGACAUGGUGACUGCGUUCAAGUCACCAUUCUCUCCCUCUCUCCCUUCAAUCCACAUCAAUCCCAAAACAAUGCCUGCCCCAACAGUUGCAAACGGGGUAGCACCAAACGGCCACGGGCGCACAGGCGGUGUCAAGAGCUCGGCUGCAAAGUCGCGCGGCGCUCUCAAGCGUCUCAAGGCCAAACAGAAGCGCGCCGCGUCCGAGACGCCCAGCGAGACGCCAUCAGCCAGCGAUGCUGAGUCCUCGUCCACACCAGUGACUCCCUCGUCAACAUUCACCGUGGAAGCAUUCCUCGAUGCGACGCCUGAGGCGGACCCAAACUAUUCUCAGUUCGCAACCGUGUUCAAACACUUCACCGAGGGCGAGGACGGGAUGCCCGUGGAUGCAGGGCCACAAAAAGGCGAGGUGUAUUGGUCGGAUGAAGAGGAGGAUGAUGAGGAGGCCGUCGCGCGCGCCAAGGACCGCGCAAUGAAGGACGCGGGUAUGACGCGGCGAGAGCGGCGAAAUGCAUCCAAGCUCUCGGUCGCUGAGCUCAAGCAGCUCGUCGACCGACCGGAGGUCGUGGAGUGGUUCGACCGCGACGCACGUGACCCACGUCUCCUCGUCACGCUCAAAAGCUACCGCAACAGCGUGCCAGUCCCGAGCCACUGGAACGCCAAGCGCGACUACCUGGCCGGACGGCGCGGGAUGGAGAAGGUACCCUUCACCCUCCCGCCGUGGAUUGCCGAUACGGGUAUUGGUGAGCAGCGCGACGCCGUCAAAGCCAAGGAAAGCGCGCAGAGCCUGUCGCAAAAGACGCGCGAGCGCGUCCAGCCCAAGAUGGGCAAGAUCGACAUAGACUAUCAGAAACUGCACGACGCCUUCUUCAAGUACCAGGGCAAGCCGGCCAUGUCCAAGUUCGGCGAGGCGUACUACGAGGGCAAGGAGAUGACGUCCGACCUGCGAACUAAGAAGCCUGGCGACCUGAGCGACGAGUUGAUCGAAGCGCUGAGCAUCCCGCCAAACGCGCCUCCACCCUGGCUAAUUGCCAUGCAGCGUUUUGGUCCCCCGCCCUCCUACCCAAACUUGCGCAUCCGUGGUCUCAAUGCGCCGAUUCCCGCCGGUGCGCAGUGGGGCUUCCACCCCGGAGGAUGGGGCAAACCGCCGAUGGACGAGUACAACCGCCCAUUGUACGGCGACGUCUUCGGCGUCGUGCAAGGCGCCGAGAUUGAGCAGCAGAAUGCGGUGAACCGCGAGCGGUGGGGUGAGAUUGAGCACGUCGAGGCCGAAGAGAGUGACGAGGAGGAGGAGGAAGAAGAGGAGGAAGAGGAGAGCGAGGCGGAGGACGACGAAGAUGGCGAGCCUGCCGGCGGACUCGAGACGCCCUCCGGCCUUGCGACGCCGAGCGGUUACAACUCUGUAACGUCGACCGUCCCCGGCGGUCUUGAGACGCCUGAUUUCGUUGACUUGCGCAAGCGGCGCGAGCCCCCCAAGCCCUCUGGAGAAGCGUCGGCGACAGCGUCGAGCUCGGGCCCACGCGAGCUGUACACAGUCAUUCCCGAACGCGAGGCCGCAGUGCGUGGCUUCAUGGGCUCGAGCACGGCGUACGACCUCGCGGCGGCGGCGCCGGUCUUGGGCGAAGACCGCGGGACGAAGCGCAAGAGCGGGGACGUGGAUGUGUCGAUCGACGGCGACGAGGAUCUAACCCCCACCCAGCUCAAGGCCAAGUAUGAUGCCGCGCGCGCCGAAACUUCGCGUGUGCAUGUGCCGGGCUCGCAUAUCGACAGGUCAGAGUUUGACGACAUUGUGUCUAGCGAGACCAAGAAGCGUGCGCGCAAGGAAGAGAAGCGCGGCAAGGAGAAGGCCGAGAAGUUCAAGUUCUAGGCGAGGAUAUAGGGCGUAGUGUAUGCAUGCCGCCAGUGCGUGAGCCGUCUCCGAUGCUUGUUAGUCUGCUAGCGGAGUGCAGGGAAGAAUCA